GAUUGCAGAGCCUGUAUGUGACAUCGUCAUGAAUGAAAGAAGAAAGUAAUACAGCAUUGGAUGCGCCUGCUUGCUGCCCAUAACAAAAAGAGAGAGGGGAGAAAAUGAUGCAUUGUGGGGAAUCACUUCAAAAGGGUGAAUGAAAUGAGCUCUUUCGAUUCUAGUAUUUGAAAAGCUAAGUAAUUCUCUGGAAGAAUUGUUCUAAAUGAGCCUGGCCAAGAUACUGGAUCUGUGUGAAGAGGACUAAGGAUACAAUAGGAUGUCAACUGAGACAGAACUUCAAGUGGCUGUUAAAACCAGCACAAAGAAAGAGUCUAAAAAGAAAGGUCAGGAUCGCAGUGAAGCAACUUUAAUAAAGAGGUUUAAAGGUGACGGUGUGAGAUACAAAGCAAAACUCAUUGGGAUAGACGAAGUCUCUGCAGCACGAGGUGACAAGUUAUGUCAAGAUUCCAUGAUGAAAUUAAAGGGAAUUGUUGCUGCAUCUCGUUCAAAAGGUGAACAUAAACAGAAAAUAUUUCUAACAAUCUCCUUUGGAGGAAUCAAAAUCUUCGAUGAGAAGACAGGACUACUACAACACCAUCAUGCAGUACAUGAAAUUUCAUACAUCGCAAAGGAUAUCACAGACCAUCGGGCCUUUGGAUACGUAUGUGGAAAGGAAGGGAAUCAUAGAUUUGUGGCAAUAAAAACAGCCCAGGCAGCAGAACCUGUGAUUUUGGAUUUGCGAGACCUCUUCCAACUUAUUUAUGAGUUGAAACAAAGAGAAGAACUGGAAAAGAAGGCACAAAAAGAUAAACAAUGUGAACAAGCAGUAUAUCAGACAAUUUUGGAAGAAGAUGUAGAGGAUCCUGUUUAUCAGUACAUUGUGUUUGAGGCUGGACAUGAGCCAAUUCGUGAGCCUGAAACAGAAGAAAACAUUUAUCAGGUUCCUACUAGCCAAAAGAAAGAAGGUGUUUAUGACGUGCCAAAAAGCCAACCUGUAAGUCUGGAGAAUGGAAACCUGUUGUUGGAUAUAGAAGAAAAUCUUGGUAGAAUCACUCAGGCUGUUCCCCAACUAGAGCUGUUUGGGGAUAUGUCCACUCCUCCUGAUAUAACCUCUCCCCCUACCCCUGCAACUCCAGGUGAUGCCUUUAUCCCAUCUUCAUCCCAGUCACUUCCUGCUGGUACAGAGGUAUUUAGUUCUGUACCUUACAGCACUGCUGCUGUACCCUCAGGUUAUGUUGCAAUGGGAGCUGUCCUGCCUUCCUUCUGGGGACAGCAACCCCUUGUUCAACAACAACUGGCCAUGGGUGCUCAGCCUCCAGUUGCUCAGGUGAUGCAAGGAGGACAGUCAAUUGCAUGGGGACAACCUGGGAUGUUUCCUCCCACCCAGCAACCAUGGCCAUCUGUAGCUGGUCAGUUUCAGUCCGCUGCCUUCAUGCCAACACAAACUGUUUUGCCUUUACAAGCAGCCAUGUUUCAAGGUACCAUUGUUCCCACUGCUACUGUUCCACCUACCAGUGAUUCCACCAGAUCAAGUCCACAGACAGAUAGCCCAAGGCAGCAAGCUGGAAAAGAAAUGUUUAAAGAUUUCCAGAUGGCUCAGGCACCUCCAGUACCAUCACGAAAACCAGAUCAGCCUUCCCUCAGUUGUACCUCAGAGGCCUUCUCCAGUUAUUUUAACAAAGUUGGAAUGGCACAGGAAGCAGAUGAUUGUGAUGACUUUGAUAUCUCUCAGUUAAAUCUGACUCCUGUGACGUCUACAACACCAUCAACAAAUUCACCCCCAACUCCUGCUCCUAGACAGAGUUCUCCAUCUAAAUCCUCAGCAUCUCAUACCAGUGACGCUGCUGCUGAUGACCUCUUUGAAGAGGGCUUCGAAAGUCCAAGCAAAAGUGAAGAGCAAGAAGCACCUGAUGGAUCUCAGGCCUCAUCCAACAGUGAUCCAUUUGGUGAACCUAUUGGUGAUACUGUAAGUCCACAGGGCGAUAGCUAGAUAGCGCAGGUUGGGUGUCUUAUCUGAGCCUGCAUUUACAGUAACACAGAUGUACUGAACAAAUUGGAAAGAGAACCACUCUAUGCCCAGAUCAACAGACCU